CGAGAACCUCGGUUUCCUGUGCGAUGAUGACAUUGGCUAUUUUCUCUGUCUGAUCACACGACGCUUCAGACCUGUCUCACCUAGCGAGCGUAUAGUAGAACCACACGACCUUUUGCAGAGCGCUGCCGCCCCUACAACCAAGAAUGGAUGUGCCUUUUUUGCGGACCAGUCAGGUUCCACCGACGACUCCAGUUCCUGUUGGCCAUGUGGUCUUUGCGUAAUGACGUUGUCCCUGUGCAAUGUUCGAUCCGUUCGUCACCGCAGUGGCGGACACUAUCCAUCCGUACCCCAUGCGCUCCUGCUUGUUUUGCGGUGUCACUGGAUCUGAGGUCGG